UAUGAACGAAGGGAAUCUUCAAAACAUAAUGGCGGAAUCGAAUAACCUUAACGGCUCGCAGCGAAGACGGUCACCGCGGUUGAGUUCUCCUCCUCAGGCUAACCUAAAAACUGACAACAAAAUGGCGCUGGCCUCUGUCGCCGUUAAACGCUCCAUCACUGUGAGGAAAAUAGCACCCAGAAAAACAGUCGCACCGUCGGAGCACAACAAGGAGAACACGCCGAGACGGACGGGGUCGGAAGACAGCCAGCAGAAGAAGCUGAAGGUCUCCACCCCCGGUCCUGUCCCGGGCCGUGGGGGCUCCUCCUCGGCCAAGAAGAAGAAGGCCGCUAUGCCCUCACCGAUCCUUCCCUCCUCUCCGCCGCCCCCUUCUUGUCCUCAACAGCCGGCAGCAGAUCCAGAGGACGCGGUGUGGUCGCAGAAAGUGCGCCGGUCCUACAGCAGGCUCAGCGACAAGUCCUUCGACAGCCCCAACUCUCGAGAGACCUUGUUCGGCUUUGAGAAGCUGAAAACCCCCGAAGUGUUCCGGAGAGUCCAGCAAUCCAAGACAGGUCUGGAGGUGUCUGGGUCCUUGUCUGGUCUGAACUCAUUCACAUCUUUGCUUGAGGCGGAUGACUGUGGUUCGGCUUUCCCCGAACCGGACCCAAACAUCCCAGGCGUGGCUAUGGUGAAGGAGAAGAGGAGGAGGAGGAAGGUCCAGCACAUAGACGCCACAGAGCUGGACGCAAUGGCUGCCAAGAUGAACGCUGAGUUUGAGGAGGCAGAGGUGUUUGAGUUGGUCGUGGAGUAAAUAUUGUGACUGAAAGACUGAAGGAAUCUCUUAUAGCAUGUUAUUUUUGUUAUCACUGACAUGCUGAAUGCCUCUCUGGGAGGACAAAACUUUAUGUGUGCUUCAUACUUAGAACAGUCAAGUUUUUGUAUAUUUCCAGCUCUAUGUAUUGUAAAUUUUGAUUCUUUGGCGUUUCAUGUGUCUGUUCAUUUAAAUGCUCUUUAUAUGGUUGUUUAGGUCAUUAUGUGGUGGUAUAAUGGCAUAGUAUAGUCACACGCGAGUAUUGAUUUGGUUUCAAAAUUACCAGUAGUUAGACAGGUAAAACCUAAAGCAUGUUCUUUGUUUUGGUUAUUAUUGAAACAUUUAUACAGAUUUGGUUUCCUGUGAUCAGAUAUCGUGGUUAUAUUAACUUGUAAUGACAGAACUCCAUUUUGCAGGUUUGUCAAUGGGAUUUGACUGUUUUAAUUGAUUUUUGACUUCUUAAUCACAAACUGGUUGAUUGUGCACGUGAUCCAUGGACAUAAAAUAUGUGACAGUUUAUAGCAGUCGUAAUUACAUGUGGAAGCUGUAGUUUGUAAACUUUGAAACAGCAUGUGAAGGAAUGGUACGACCUGAUAGCUUAUAAAGGGACUAUUUUCUAUCAGGAAGAAUUGGCAUUUUCUUUGUCUUUAUUGUUCCAAUAUUUUAAUCAUUGAAAAACAACAGGUGGGCGGCAGUUCAGAGCUCUGUAACCAGGAUACUACUAUUAAAUAAUGCUUUAGCUCCACAUUUAAUUGACAUAGAAUUUCAGAAUAAGACUGUAAAACAGCACCUGUCAGUGUUGUUCUCGGACUAUUAAGUUUAUGCUACAUUUGUCCUUUCUUAAACUUAAAAGAAAAUAAAUUGUUUAUUUCUGCUUUCUUGAAAAUGUAAAUAAAUACUUUAACUAUA